AAAAUCACAAAGAAGCAUCAAAAUAAACAGAGAGGCUGUAGUUUUCCUCCAGUCCUGAGGGGGCAGCGGUGUGUCCGGCGGCGCUCGCGGCGGUUCUCAGGUCACUGCAGCUCCUUGUAUUUGUUGAAAUGGCGAAGUUUGGCGAUUUGAAAGCUUUUCUUGAAUCUUCAUUAAAUGAAAUCUUCCGUGUGACUGUCAGUGACAUCCUGGAUUCAGUGCAACAAACUGUCAGCGAAUAUCAGCGGAAAAUCCAGAGAAUUGAGACCGAAAACGAUGAUCUGAGAAAACGACUUUGUGCAAAAGAGAAAAGGACAAAUCACAUCAAAACAGAAGAUGAAGAUUGUGUUUUUCAGCUUGACUUUUCAAGAAAGAAUUUCAGCCAAGAUCUGUUUUCAUUUGCUCACACGAGUGAAUAUAAUGAUCAAACUAAGAUCGCUGGAGAUUUACGGAGCAGCCGUGUGAAACCACAAACCCCAGAUGUCAAAUCAAACCAGUUAAGCAAGGAUUGUGCAACAACAACAGAUUUAUUUGUAAAGGCCGACCCAGACACUGAGGACGGAUGUGCCGUAGACCUCUCAAAUCCUCACGCUUCUCCUAAAUACACCGAUAAAGAAAUCAAAACGGAGAAUACAGAGGAGAACUGUGGCUCUGAACGCCAAAAUAUAUUUAAACGCCCUUUAGAGCCGGAGAUCAACUCCAGUGACUGUGAUGUGAAAGUGACGGUGGUGUCGGACAGACACCUUUAUCCUGCUGGUGACGAGGAGGACGUCCGGGAGUCACCGGAGGUCAGUCUCAUCUCUGAUGAAGAGUCAAAUCCAGACGGACUGUCUGACGAAGGAUUUUCUGGAGCGUUUCACGUGACGGAGUCUCCGCCGAUCCCACAGGAGCCGAAACCGGAUUAUUACUGUAGUCAGUGUAACAAGAGCUUCAAGCAUGAAGCGUCGCUCAACAUUCAUCUGAAAUCUCACAGUUCGGAGAAGACGCAUCUCUGCGGUCAGUGCGGGAAGGGUUUUGACCGAGCCGACCUCUUGAAGAACCACCAGCGCACGCACACCGGAGAACGACCCUUCGUCUGUAACCUCUGCGGGAAGAGCUACGGCCACCAAGGCCAGCUGCGGAUCCACCGGAGGAUCCACACGGGAGAGCGGCCGUACUGCUGUCCGCACUGCGCCAAACGAUUCAACGAACACAACCAGCUCAAAGUCCACCUGCGGACGCACACGGGCGAGAGGCCGUACACCUGCACCGUAUGCGGCAAGACCUUCACCAACGCCGGCAACCUGCGGAGCCAUCAGAGAGUCCACACCGGAGAGAAGCCGUACGCCUGCGGCCAGUGCGGGAAGAGGUUCAACGGCAUGGGCGACCUGAAGACUCACUACAGGAUCCACACGGGCGAGAAGCCGUACCGCUGCGAGCUGUGCACCAAGACCUUCAGCCAAGCCGGGCACCUGACCAUCCACAAGCGCAUGCACACGGGCGAGCGGCCGUACAGCUGCGGCGAGUGCGGGAAGCGCUUCACGGUGGCCAGCAGCCUCAAACUGCACCAGCUGACGCACACCGGAGAGAAGCUGCACACCUGCGCGCACUGCGACAAGAGCUUCAGCCGGGCCGGACACCUGAAGAGACACGAGCUGGUCCACACCAAAGAGAAGCUGUACUGCUGCUCACACUGUGACAAGAAGUACAGCGAUCAGUCGUCUCUGAAGAAGCACCAGAAACUGCACACGCCGGCCGAGAGCGAAGGCCGCAGAGGUGACCAGUCCGCGUGAAGACCGAGCCUUGAUCAUCAGUUCUUACAAUAAACAUGUUAAAUUUGUCGGGCUACAAUGAUUUUUGACUUAUUAGUAGAUCCUUUGAUGAUGAUAAUAGCAGGAUACUGUAGGAUUAUGUCACUUCUCAUCCCUAACUUGAUUGUGCUAAAGGAAUACCAUGGUACUGGUUGCACACAUACUGUACUGAUGUUUUGAUAUGGUAGAGGAGUCUUCUGUCUGUGAGUGUUCAUUCAUUCAUGUUCAUUAGAAAUCAGUGCUGUCUUCCUGUAUGAACUGGUUUGUUAAAUAUGAAGAAGUUAUAAUGUAAACACUUCUUGGAUAGAAAUGCAAUUUAAUUUAAGAAUAUUGUGUAAUAUCUUUUGUAUGUACAGCAAUGUGUAUUUAAUGUUAAUUUCAACUAUUCUUGAAUGUUAAAGGAUUAGUUCACUCCAAAAUUAAAAUUGACCACAAUGUCA